ACCAUGAAUCUGAGAGAGGGAGACCAAGUGUCGAUUUUCAGAGUGAUAACAAAUGAGGACAUAUUCAAGUUUGCUGAAUUGACAGGUUCAAGAAAAUUAUCUGUUGACCAUAAUCUGGCAUACAAAUCGUGUAUAAAUCAGAGCAAUGAAAGUGAAACACCCUUGUUGCACGAAAUCCGAAUAUACAAGGUUUUGCUUAGCAAGCGCUUCAGAUAUGACCCAUAUAUUCGUGGCAACGUUACGACAGAAAUGUCAGUGAAAUUUCAAUGAAAUGUAAAGGAUCAAUCUUAUCGCACUCGCGAGGAUCACGCAGCCAAAAUGUAUCUGACAUUAAUGAUGGUAGUCCUGUACGUAUCGUAUCCCUACGUAGGAGGAAACAAUAUUGUUCCAAGUAUAACCAAGUCAUCGACAAACUCGAACGAACCCGGCUGUGUUUGUGGGAUAUUCCUAAGUGGGCAAUUCAAGAAAGGCAGCAAGGAGCAACCUAAAGGACAUCCCGCGCUCCUCCACGAGCACCCUGAUACAUUUCCGUGUAACACCGUCGGGAACAGGCUCUGCACCAACAAAUGUCUCGAAACUAUAGUGAAAUAUUUGCCGAACAGUGCUGCGAUCCUCUGCGCUUCCAUCGACCGUGACUGUCACAAGGAAAAGGCUUAUCUCUUCAUCAAGAAUUGCAAGGACGAGUGGACGAAUACGAAUCUUUCCGCGGGCAGGGAAUACUGCUGCAAGGAUGGCUUGCCGUAUAAAUGUUACUGAUAUUUGAAUUUGACGCGAUCCUUUUGUACGAUGACUCUAAUUUAUAAAUUAUAGGCGAUCUAAGUGACGUUUAUAAUAAAUACACCGACUCGACAA